AUGGGAAUAGCGGAUGGGCAAAGAAGGAGGUCAUCAUCACUACGAACGCAGAUGUUCAAUAAGCAUUUAUAUGACAAGUAUCGCGGAAAAACUGACGAUGAGAUAGAAUUGGAAGAUAUAAAUGAGAAUAAAACGUUUUCUACUACCGAUAAUAACGAUAAAGAUGACAGAGAAGAGACAAGCGGCAAUUAUGCCGCUGAAGAAGAUUAUGAAGUGGAGGAAUAUGGUAAUCCCGAUGUAUCAUACGGAAUUAUUACUAAAAUACUCGAUACUAUCCUAGACCGACGGAGGGCGUUCCAUUCGAAGGACGGUAGGCAUAUCCCGAUUAUAUUAGAUCAUAACGCAGUUGAAUACAAACAAGCUGCCACUAAAAGGGAUGGCCAUUUGAUAGACGAAAGAUUUAACAGGUCUUACUGUGACAACCGAAUAACUUCAUCAAGAUAUACGUUCUAUUCCUUUUUACCUAGACAGUUGUAUGCGCAGUUUUCAAAGUUAGCCAAUACUUAUUUUUUCAUUGUGGCUGUAUUACAAAUGAUACCUGGAUGGUCUACAACUGGUACUUAUACCACUAUUAUCCCCUUAUGUGUAUUCAUGGGUAUAUCCAUGACAAGAGAGGCUUGGGACGAUUUUAGAAGACAUCGUCUAGAUAAGGAAGAAAACAAUAAACCAGUAGGUGUAUUAGUUAAAGAUGGGGUUCAUGACCCACAAGAAGUUUAUACACUACCAAGUAGUGUAUUAUCAUCCACUGCAUAUCUAACUAAAUCAGCUGUUGCUGAAAAUGAUCCACCCUCAAACGAUGAUCAAGAUUCCACUCAGAGACACUUCUUAGACACGCAUUUCAAUAAUUUUGAACUCCUCAAGAAUAAAUACAAUGUUCAUAUUCAUCAAAAGAAGUGGGAGAAACUUCGUGUUGGAGACUUCGUGCUUCUUACACAGGAUGAUUGGGUACCUGCAGAUUUGCUUUUAUUGACAUGCGACGGCGAAAAUAGCGAAUGCUUCGUUGAAACGAUGGCAUUGGAUGGUGAAACAAACUUGAAAAGUAAGCAACCUCAUCCAGAAUUGAAUAAAUUAACCAAAGCUGCAUCAGGUCUGGCAAAUAUAAAUGCCCAAGUCACUGUGGAAGAUCCCAAUAUUGAUCUAUACAAUUUUGAGGGUAAUCUUGAGCUAAAAAACCAUCGAAAUGAUACCAUAAUGAAAUAUCCACUAGGCCCUGAUAAUGUAAUCUAUCGUGGCAGUAUUUUGAGAAAUACUCAAAAUGUUGUCGGCAUGGUCAUUUUCAGUGGUGAGGAAACAAAAAUUAGAAUGAAUGCUUUGAAAAACCCAAGAACAAAGGCUCCUAAGCUACAAAGGAAGAUAAAUAUGAUUAUUGUGUUUAUGGUGUUUGUCGUUGCCACAAUAUCUUUAUUUUCAUAUCUUGGGCAUGUUUUGCACAAAAAAAAAUAUAUCGACCGAAACCAAGCAUGGUACCUAUUUCAGGCAGACGCUGGCGUAGCACCGACAAUAAUGUCUUUUAUCAUCAUGUAUAACACUGUUAUUCCCCUGUCCUUGUAUGUUACGAUGGAAAUCAUUAAGGUAGUUCAAAGUAAAAUGAUGGAAUGGGACAUUGACAUGUACCACGCAGAAACAAACACGCCGUGCGAAUCGAGGACAGCGACGAUUUUAGAGGAAUUAGGGCAAGUAUCUUAUAUUUUUAGUGAUAAAACGGGAACGCUAACGGAUAAUAAGAUGAUAUUUCGAAAAUUUUCUUUAUGUGGAUCGUCUUGGCUGCAUAAUGUAGAUGUGAGUAAUUCUGAGGAUAACUCGGAAGACAACAGAGACAAUGCAAACUACUUGAGAUUACCACCAAAAGCACAUAACGGCUCUAGUAUUGAUGUUGUUUCCAUUGGGGAUCAAAACGUUCUUGAUCGGUUGGGACUUUCGAAGGCAUCAGUUGAGAAGGAGCGCUGUCCAUCUUUAGACGAUUUUCCCGCGUCUAGGAAUUCUAUUGAAUAUAAAGGAAACUCAUCAGCAAUUUAUACAGGUCGCCCCAGUAUGCGGUCACUUUUUGGAAAAGACAAUUCACAUCUAAGUAAACAGGCUUCAGUUAUUUCGCCCUCCGAGACAUUUACGGAUAAUAUUAAAAGUUCAUUUGAUUUGAUUCAGUUUAUUCAAAGAUACCCAACCGCUCUGUUUUCUCAAAAGGCUAAAUUUUUUCUUUUAUCUUUAGCUCUCUGCCAUAGCUGUCUUCCCAAAAAAACUCAUAACGAAAGAAUAGGAGAAGACUCCAUAGAGUACCAGUCUUCAUCCCCAGAUGAAUUAGCACUAGUAACCGCUGCCAGAGACCUCGGUUAUAUUGUGCUGAACAGAAAUGCACAGAUUUUGACAAUUAAAACUUUUCCAGACGGCUUUGAUGGUGAAGCAAGAUUGGAAGAUUAUGAAAUUCUGAACUAUAUUGACUUCAACUCUCAAAGAAAGAGAAUGUCCGUUCUUGUACGUAUGCCAAAUCAACCAAAUCAAGUUCUUUUAAUUUGCAAAGGCGCUGAUAACGUUAUUAUUGAACGUUUACAUGAUCGCGAAUUGGCUGCAAAAAAAAUGGCAGAUAUAUGCACCAGUACCAAAGAACGUAAGGAUGCAGAAGCAGAGUUGGUUCUUCAGCAAAGGAAGUCUCUAGAAAGAAUGGUGGAUGAAGAGGCUAUGGCCAGGACCUCACUGAGAAAUUCUCUGUCUGGUGUACCGAGAGCAAGUUUGUCAUUGCAGGCAGUGAGAAAAAGUCUUUCAAUGAAGAAUAGUAGAUCUCUCGAUCCAGAAAAACAAAUUGACUCCAUUGAUCAAUUUCUAGAAACGGUUAAGAAAUCUGAUCAGGAGAUUGGCAGCGUUGUAAAUAAAAGCAGAAAGUCUCUCCAUAAGCAACAAAUCGAGAAAUAUGGGCCCCGAAUUUCGAUAGGUGAAACACGUUCUUCGAAGGACAAUUUGGCAAUGGGGUCAAGAAAAGAAGGGUUACAACAUGAUUACGAUGCAGAGAUUUUCGAGCACAUAGGAAGUGAUGAGUUAAUUUUGAAUGAAGAAUAUGUUAUCGAAAGAACUUUACAGGCCAUUGAUGAUUUUUCGACCGAAGGCUUAAGAACGCUCGUCUAUGCUUACAAAUGGGUCGAUAUCGGGCAGUAUGAGAAUUGGAAUAAACGCUACCACCAAGCUAAAACAUCUCUAACUGAUAGAAAAAUGAAAGUCGAUGAGGUCGGUGCAGAAAUCGAGGAUGGUUUAAAUCUUUUAGGGGUAACCGCAAUCGAAGACAAGUUACAAGACGGCGUGUCAGAAGCUAUUGAAAAGAUCAGAAGAGCCGGUAUAAAAAUGUGGAUGCUAACAGGGGAUAAAAGGGAAACGGCUAUAAAUAUAGGGUAUUCGUGUAUGUUAAUCAAAGAUUAUUCUACAGUAGUCAUUUUAACUACUGCUGAUGAAAAUAUUAUAUCGAAGAUGAAUGCAGUCUCUCAAGAAGUUGAUUCCGGAAACAUUGCACAUUGUGUUGUUGUAAUUGACGGUGCCACGAUGGCCAUGUUUGAAGGAAAUCCUACAUACAUGUCUGUAUUUAUUGAGCUUUGUACCAAAACAGACUCGGUAAUAUGUUGUCGUGCUUCUCCCUCACAAAAAGCCCUUAUGGUUUCUAAUAUAAGAAAUACUGAUCCGAACUUAGUCACACUUGCAAUAGGUGAUGGUGCGAACGAUAUUGCCAUGAUACAGUCUGCCGAUAUAGGUGUUGGGAUAGCUGGUAAAGAGGGUUUGCAAGCAUCUAGAGUAUCGGAUUAUUCUAUUGGCCAGUUUCGAUUCCUCUUGAAAUUAUUAUUUGUUCAUGGGCGCUAUAACUAUAUUCGCACUUCCAAGUUUAUGCUUUGCACGUUUUACAAAGAAAUCACGUUUUACUUUACACAGUUAAUAUAUCAAAGAUAUACAAUGUUUUCAGGUUCCUCUCUAUAUGAACCAUGGUCAUUGUCCAUGUUCAAUACUCUAUUUACAUCAUUGCCAGUUCUGUGUAUUGGUAUGUUUGAGAAAGACUUGAAACCAAUGACUCUACUGACAGUCCCUGAAUUAUAUUCGUAUGGACGCCUUUCACAAGGAUUUAAUUGGCUAAUAUUCAUGGAAUGGGUUAUUUUGGCGACUACGAAUUCUCUAAUUAUUACGUUUUUAAAUGUCGUAAUGUGGGGUAUGAGUUCUCUUUCUGAUAACACUAUGUAUCCCCUAGGGCUCAUCAAUUUCACAGCUAUUGUUGCUUUAAUCAAUGUUAAAUCUCAAUUUGUUGAAAUGCACAACAGGAACUGGUUAGCUUUCACUUCUGUUGUUUUAUCUUGUGGAGGCUGGCUAGUGUGGUGUUGUGCACUUCCUAUUUUGAAUAAAACUGACCAAAUAUAUGAUGUAGCAUAUGGAUUUUACAAUCAGUUUGGCAAAGACAUUACAUUCUGGUGUACUAGCUUGGUAUUGGCCCUGUUACCUAUCACUUUGGAUAUAGUUUACAAAACAUUCAAAGUCAUGAUGUGGCCAUCAGAUUCUGAUAUUUUUGCUGAACUGGAACAAAAAAGUGACAUCAGAAAGAAACUGGAACUAGGGGCUUAUAGUGAAAUGAGGCAAGGGUGGACCUGGGAUAAAGAUCCCAGUACUUUCGCACGUUACACAGAUAAGGUUCUUUCAAGGUCAAGAACUAAUUCACGGGCAAGCGCAAAAACUAAUAACAGUAGCGCAUACUCAAUGGAAAAUGGAAAUAUAGACCAUGUGUCAAAAAAAAAAAAUUUUCGAAACUCUUCUAAAAAGAGCUCUGAAAGAUACGAAAUAUUGCCUAGUGGUAAGUUAAUCAAGCGACCAUCCUUGAAAUCACAAAGUAGUAAAGAAAGUAUUGGCGGCAAUAUAACCACUAAAUUCACGAAGAAACUGAAGCUUCCAUCAAGAAAUGCGGAAGAGGAAGAUGUAAAUCAGAUUAUUCAGGCAAGACUAAAGGAUCUGGAGUAA